UGAAGUGCACAGUAUCACUUCAGUUGUGAUUCGAGUAAACGUAAAUUAAUUCAUUAAAAUGCCACAAGCCACAUCAUUGCAACGAGCAUUUACGGUGAUGACUUAUCUACUAUCUUCCAAGGAAAUCAAUCACAUUGAUAAUCAAAAGCAAAUUUGUGAUGCAGUUGAAGGCGCUUCGUUUAAAAUGCAAGGAGCGGAGUCAUUUAUGGAUAAUUAUUCAAUGAAAUUAGAAACGAUUAGCGAUGGUAUAUUCAAUAUCUUAUACGAUGUGCAGAACAGUGCACCAGAAAUCCCGCCAACAAAGCCAUAUGAAUGUCAGAAUGAAUCCUUCGGAAAACUGUUUUGUGAGGACAACAGAUACGCUAAACAUUUAUUGUUAAUAGGGCGUGGUCACAAGCGUAUGUCACAUGAUCUAUACCAAAAGCUCUUAAACGGAAUUCCUUGCGAUAAAAAAUGCAUCGAUAGUAAUACUGACUUCUUUAUUGGAACAAAUAAUUUUAUGCAGCUCGUUCGCAAUAAGUCAUUUGAUGUGCUGUUUGUUUACUUUGAUGCUGAUGAUAUGGAACAUUUUCGUUAUAUUUCCGAAUUUCAAUUUGAUGGUAAAACGUUAAAUAUUACGCGAUCACGCAGUAGUAUGACAGAAGUUUCUUUGAAAGAAUUUAUAAAAAACAUCAAGUUUACAAGUUGGAAAAUCUUUUUGCGAAAAAAGGGUGAAUGAUGGCAUCCAAAUCUAUCAAACUAUAAUAUUUUAUGAAAAAAGUGUUGAAACAUUAAAAGACAAAAAAAAUUUGAAAUAUCUAAAAAUGCGCUAUUUGUACGAUAACCACAAUUUUAUGUACAUAUUUUAUUAAAAU